AUGGCACACUUAACACCCCAGGAGCUGAAAAAAGUCUUCCAAUUUCAGAAACCAGAGGGUCGGGAGCACCUACGGAGGCUGCUGAACUGGGAGAAGUUUGACGAGGUGGGAGACUCCCGCAAAAGCAUCUUGCUGGAUACCCUCUACGAAAGCAUCAUCUUUGCCGUGGGCAAAGGCUUUCCAUGGGUGGAGGUGGUCGAGGUGGUGAAGUUCACAGAAGAGAUACUUAAGGAAACCAAAGGCUGCUCCAUCACCGAGGCUGUGACGAUCCUAGGGAACAAGCUCAGAGACUACCAGGGGCAGUUCAACACCACCCACCUGCUGGCCCUCUGCGACUACUUCCACAACACCUUCCUCCGCCACUACAAACUCUACCAGUACGUCCUGGGCCAGGACCAGGAAGUCAACCUGACGGUCACCCACCUGGAGGUGUGCUCGCCACCCGAGCCCCUCCCGCUGGCUGAGGGUAAGGACAGCGACCUGUGGAAGCAUGAGCAGCAGGUGGCCGAGUUCAGCAUGGAGGAGGUGCAGAAGCGCACCAACAUGCUGCUCCUGAAGGAGGCGCUGCACCUGGAGCAGGAGCACAAGCUGCAGCAAUAUUUCUCGGAGGAGGAGCCAGCACAGCAGGGCCGGGUUCUGAAGAGAGAGGAGUUAGAGAAUCUCAUCAAGGAGGCCAUUCACAUCCAGAUCGAGUGCCUGCAAGAGCUGCUGCAGUAUGAAAUACAGGUAACUUACGAUAUUUUGGACCUGAAACUUCGGAAGAAGACUUUAAAGCUCAACGCUCCUGUCCCUUUCCCACUGUCCAUCACUGGCCAGCCAGGCCAAGAUGAAUCUCUAAAGUUCAACAAAGCAAACAAAGGAAAGAAAGAAAAAGGAAAGAGAGCAAAAGGCAAGAAGUAGAAGACCCCUCAUGUCCAUUGUCUACAGACACUGAUCAAGGAAGAGCCGUUCCUCAAUCAUUAUUGUGCAUUAUGUGAU